AUGACUAGUAAUAAUAAUUUAGUGAUUGACAAACAAAAUGCUUUAGAGAUAAGAGAUGUUAGUUUUUAUUAUAAAAGUGGUCAUAAUAUUUUGAAUGGCAUCAAUUUGACUGUCCCUAAAGCUGGAAUUUAUGGACUGUUGGGUUCAUCCGGUUGUGGCAAAACUACAUUAUUAAGAUGUGCAUUGGGUAGACUAAAACCAAAAUACGGAAGCAUUUCUCUAUUUGGACGGACACCCGGAACACCGGGUAGUCGAGUGCCCGGACCUGCUGUUGGAUAUAUGCCACAAGAGUUGGCACUCUAUGAAGACUUUAGUAUUGAAGAGACACUUCGCUAUUUUGGACGAUUGUUUGGCAUUACCUCACAGACUAUCCAAACAAGAAUUGAGUUUAUGUUAGAUUUGCUUCAAUUACCAAAUGGUCGCAAAAUGAUUCGUAAUUUAAGCGGUGGUCAGAAGCGUCGGGUGUCUAUAGCCACAGCUCUAUUGCAUAGUCCACCACUUCUUAUAUUGGAUGAGCCAACAGUUGGUGUGGACCUAAUCCUCAGGGAUUCCAUUUGGAAACACUUAGAAUACCUGUGCAAACGUGGUUUUACAGUCAUUUUGACGACUCAUUAUAUAGAAGAAGCCAGAAAUGCCUCGAAAGUUGGAUUUAUGCGAUCCGGUAAACUGUUGGCUGAAGACUCACCCAAACAACUUAUAGCAAAUUACAAACUAACAACUCUGGAGAACGUAUUUCUUAAAUUAUCACAAUUGGAGGACCAAAUGAAAGCUAAUAAUCAAUUGACUUUUAAAGGCAGAUCAGUACCAAAAGAGAUUGAAAACAAUAUUUGUAAUACAGAAAGUUCAUCGGAUAUACAAUUAAAUGUUAUAAAUAAACAAUCAAUGAAUGAAAAUCAAAUGACAACCAAUUGUUAUGUUAAUAAAGGCUAUACUGAAGAAACCAUAUCUAUAAUUGAGACAACAAAUGAAACAACACUUAAAACUGUCGACAAUACCAAUGGUACGGUUCAUAUGAAACAACAAAGUAUCGUAAAUGAGACCAAAUUUAUACAGCGAUUGACUGCACUGACACUCAAAAAUUUUAGACAAAUGACCCGAAAUAUGGCUUUAUUAGCGUUUUUUGUUUUAUUGCCUACUAUUGAGAUCAGUCUUAUGAUAAUGAGUAUUGGCAAUGAUAUCAAAAACAUGAAAGUUUCGGUCUAUAAUCCCGAUAAUGUUGACAAUCAAACGCUAUCGUUAAGUGAACUAUUUCUCAGUGCCAUUGAUGUCGAUCAUAUAAUUAUAGUCAGAUAUCCAACACUUGAAUCAGCUGUACAGGCAGUUCGAGACAAUGAUGUCUGGGCUGUCAUUCAUUUUGAACACAACUUUACCGAAACAUUAAGAAUGCGAUCGCUAUUGUCCUCCGAUUCCGAUCCGGGAAUUAUUAAAGACAGUUCCAUAAAAUUACAAUUAGAUAUGUCUAACCAAGUGAUAGGUUUUCAGAUACAACGACACAUUUAUACGGCUUUCGCCAAAUUUUUAGGUUUUCUGGCUAUUAAUUACGGCAUAAAUCCCGACGCUUUAAAGCCGCCCAUAGUUGUCGGUCCGCCUAUAUAUGGAGUCAAAAAUCAAUCGCUUAUUACAUUUAUAGCACCGGGAGCUCUCAUUAUGGUGGCAUACUUUUCCACAACAGUUAUGACCACUCAUUUAUUGAUCAAAGAGCGAAACGACGGUUUAGCCGAACGUAGUCUUGUGGCCGGAGUGUCGCCGUUUGAGUUUGUCUUAUCGCACAUCAUAUUGCAGACCAUACUAUUAGCCAUUCAAGUCGGUCUCAAACUGAUGGUUGCAUUUUUGGUAUUCACAAUACCUAAUCGCGGCUCCAUUAUGUCGGCCAUUGCCCUAACAUUUCUUCAGGGUUUAUGUGGACUAAUGUUUGGUCUCAUGAUAUCUGGCGUCUGCUAUGACGAGAUAUAUGCAAAUACAUUAGGAAUCGGCACAUUCUUUCCCAGUGUAAUGAUUGGCGGAAUAUUCUGGCCGUUGCAGAGUAUGCCUACUUGGCUCCGGUAUUUCAGUCAAGCACUGCCCUCUACUCUGGCCAUUGAAUCGUUGCGAAGUAUUUUAUUGCGCGGUUGGGGUUUUGAAAGAUUACCGGUUCUCAUGGGUUUCAUUGUUACAAUCUUGUGGUUAAUUUUCUUUUUGAUUAAUUCAAUCAUUUUCUUUAAGAAAAAGUUAUGA